CUGCGGUUUUAAUUUUGAGUAGAUUUCAUGUCCGGAGAGUAAAGCAGCACUGGGUUCUUACUCGGAAAGGACAAUAAUUUCUUUUCUGCAGCGACAUUCAACAUGGGUCGUGUACGUACCAAGACCAUCAAAAAGGCCGCUCGGGUCAUCAUCGAGAAGUACUACACCCGCCUGACUCUUGAUUUCCAUACCAACAAGAGAAUAUGUGAAGAAAUUGCUAUAAUUCCUAGCAAGCCUCUUAAAAAUAAAAUUGCUGGAUUUGUCACGCAUUUGAUGAAGAGGUUGCGUCACAGCCAAGUUCGUGGAAUCUCCAUCAAACUUCAAGAAGAAGAAAGAGAGCGUAGAGAUAACUACGUUCCAGAAGUUUCAGCUCUCGAACACGACGUUAUUGAGGUCGAUCCUGAAACUAAAGAAAUGUUGAAGAUGUUGGAAUUCAGCAACGUUUCCGUUCUUCAGCUUGUCCAACCAACGACUCAUCAAUUCAAUCGAAGAAAUUAAUUUUCCUUACUUUAAAAAUUAAAUAAAAAAAACACAUUGAAUCCGUCAGCGUUAUUAAUUUUCAAUAAAUUUUUAAUCUGACAGACUA